ACUGGGUGCGACUUUAUCCUUGGCACUCCCUGGUCUCGCCAAUUCCGUGGCACAGAGGCCGAAUGGGCGACCAAGACACUCGUUCUCAAAACGAAGUGUGGUCAGACCCAUCGAGUCCCCUUCAUUGGAACCACAGGCGACACCCCUCCCGACCUACUUCCCAGGACCCUCGUUCCUCUGUGUCUCACCUAGACAUCGCGUUCACUUCUCCUCAUCAGUUUGUCCACUUCAUACGACAGGAGGACGUCACAUUUUACUCAGUGAACGUCAUGGAUCUUCUUCGAUACGAUCCACUCUGUCCCGAGGUUGAGCUCAUCUCAUUGGAGCCUGAUCCCGCUGACCCUUCCUCCAUCUUUGUGGCUCCCAUCUCCACAUCCACCUGUCAGCUUGCGGAUACCCCUUCGACGUCCCAGAUCCUUGUGUCGUCGACUGUCGAGUUCACUCAUACGUCUCGUGCCGACACAGGUGCCGAGAAACUCACGUGGUUCACGACCAACUUAGAGCCUGUCGUUCGUGAUUUGAUUCGAGAGUACAACGAUGUUUUCCCCCCGUAUUUCUCAUACAGCUGGAUUCCUCCCAUGCACGGUGUUGAGCAUUUUAUCAAACUCGUACCUGACUAUUGUGUCCACCAUCAGGCACCCUACCAACUCUCGAUUCUAGAGGCGAUGGAAUUCAAGCGUCAACUUGAGGAACUCCUUCGAUUGAGUUUCAUUAAACUCAGUAACUCCCCUUGGGGUGCACCCGUCCUCUUUGCUCGCAAAGCGGAUGGAACUCUUUGCCUCUGCAUUGACUACCGCGGUCUUAAUAAGUACAACUAUCCCAUGCCCCACGCGGAUGAACUGUUUGAUAGUCUGACAGACAAUCGCUUCUUUACGAAGAUCGAUCUUCGUAGCGGUUACCACCAGAUCCGCGUUGCCACAGAGGACCAGCCGAAGACCGUCUUUCGGUCGCGCUUCAGCCACUACGAGUUCACGGUGAUGUCAUUCAGCCUCACCAAUGCACCCGUCGCCUUCAAGACGGCGGUGAACGAUAUCUUCGAGGACAUCCAUGCAGAAUACGUUCUCAUAUACAUGGACAACAUCCUGGUCUACAGUCGUACCUUAGAAGACCAUCUCAGACACCUCCACGAUGUUUUACAAUGCUUACGCAAGCAUGACUUCUAUGCCAAGCUUAGUAAGUACCGCUUUUCCCAAAGCAAAGUAGACUUCCUAAGACACCAUGUGUCUGACCAGAGUCUCCACAUGGACGAUGCGAAGAUCACUCCUAUUGCAGAGUGACCCAUCCCCACAUCUGCCAAGCAGCUUCGCAGUAUCCUAUGC